GCUCUGACUCGCGGGCUCCCUCUAGCGGUCUGCAGGUAUUUUCUGGUAUAAUGGAGGAGACAGGCAGUGGGCAGUCUCUCCAUAAAGCAGCUCUGUUAGAAGCUCCGGUCUUCCACAGCUAAAGGAACAGGAUGUGCUGAUCUACAGAAGGAAUGGAGGAGUUCCGCUCUUCACACUGUUCUACAUUUACUCCUAGAUACACAGAAACACAUCUAAACACACCAACAUCAGAAGAAGCAGCAGCAGCAGCUUCAUCCAGGAGCAGCAGCUGAUCAUCUUCUCCUAGUUCCUCUGAUCUACAGUCUCCUAUUUACGCUUUAGGACUCUAAUAUUAUAGAUAUGUUAAUAUAAACACACACAGAGCUUCUACCGAGUUUAAAUAGAAGUGAAGGGGGAUUAAGGGUCACCCUCUGAUCAUAAAUCUACUUCUAUAGCUGCCUUUUUACCCCGCUGUGGAAAAAUAACCCCACGGAUUUCCCUGCUGUCCUGUAGCUUUACCUCUCCGAUACAGCAGAAAUGAAGAUGCUCCAAAUCUCCUGCUCCUAGAGAAUUCACAAAGAGAUCAGAAUUAAUCUGGCAAAAAAGGUUAAAUACAACACAUCCAGAAUAAUCUUGAACCAUAUCUCAGUGAAAAUGUCAAGUCCAGCCAACGAAAAAAUUCACCACUGUUUGGACUGUGGGAAGAGCUUUACUCAAAAGAGUAAUCUGAAAAGACACCAGCGCAUUCACACAGGAGAGAAACCGCAUCAGUGUUUAGAGUGUGGGAUAAGUUUUACCACACAGAGUUAUCUCAAAAGACACCAGCGCGUUCACACAGGAGAGAAACCUUAUACGUGCUCAGAUUGUGGAAAGAGUUUUAAUAUACAGAGUAAUCUCAGAAGACAUCAGCGCUCACACACUGGAGAGAAAGCCUAUCAGUGCUCAUACUGUGAGAAGAGAUUUACCUCACAGAGUCAUCUUAAAAGGCACUGGAGCAUUCACACAGGAGAAAAAACACAUCAGUGCUCAGAGUGUGAGAAGACUUUUUCUACACAGAGUGAUCUCAAAAAACACCAGCGCAUUCACACAGGAGAGAAACCGUAUUACUGCUCAGACUGCGGAAAGAGUUUUACUACAUCGAGUAAUUUCAAAAAACACGAGCUCAUUCACACUGGACAGAAACCAUAUCAAUGCUCAGAUUGUGGGAAGAGUUUUAAUCUACAGGGUAAUCUCAAAAUACACCAGCGCAUUCACACUGGAGAGAAACCGUAUAACUGCUUAGAGUGUGGGAAGGAUUUUAAUACCUUGAGUAAUUUUAAAAUACACAAGCUCAUUCACACUGGACAGAAACCGUAUCAAUGCUUAGAAUGUGGAAAGGAUUUUAAUCAACUGGCUAAACUGAAACUACACCAGCUCAUUCACACAAUUAAGAAACCAUACAUCUGCUCAGAGUGUGGAAAGGGUUAUGCUACUCAGAGUGGUCUUAAACAUCAUAUGAGCAUUCACACAGGAGAGAAACCGCAUCACUGCCCAGAGUGUGGGAAGAGUUUUGGUCGACUGAGUACAUUCAAGCUACACCUGCGCAUUCACACAGGAGAGAAACCAUAUCAGUGCUUGGAGUGUGGGAGGAGAUUUAGCCGACCAGAUUAUCUCCAGCAACACCAGCGCAUUCACACAGGAGAGAAACCGUAUCACUGCUCAGAGUGUGGGAAGAAUUUUAGUCAUCGGACUAGACUCAGAGUACACCAGCGCAUUCACACAGGGGAUAAACCCUUUCACUGCUCUGAGUGUGGGAAGAGUUUUAAUCAUCGGAUUAAACUCAAAGUACACCAGCGCGUUCACACAGGAGAGAAACCGUUUAUCUGCUCAGAGUGUGGGAAGAGUUUUGCUCAAGCGAGUUAUCUCCAGCUACACCAGCGCACUCACACCGGGGAGAAACCGUAUUACUGCUCAGAGUGUGGAAGGAGUUUUAGUCGGCCAGAGUAUCUCAAAGUACACCACCGCAUUCACACUGGAGACAAACCGUAUCACUGCUUAGCCUGUGGGAAGAGUUUUACUCAACAGAGUGCUCUCAAAAUACACCAGCGCACACACACCGGAGAGAAACCGCAUCACUGCUCAGUCUGUGGAAAGAAUUUUUCGCUACUGGGUCUUCUAAAGCUACACCAGCGCGUUCACACAGGAGAGAAACCGCAUCAUUGCUCAGAGUGUGGUAAGGGUUUUAGUCGACUGAGUAAACUCCAGCUACACCAGCGCGUUCACACAGGGGAGAAACCGUAUUUCUGCUCAGCCUGUGGGAAGAAUUUUGCUCGAAUAAGUACCCUCAUAAUACACCAGCGAGUUCACACAAGAAAGAAACCACAUUCCUGCUUAAACUGUGGAAAGAACUUCAACUAUUCAAUAUCAUUCAAGAAACACAAGUGUACUGCCACAGCAGUAGACAGUAACACUCCUUCAACCAGUUCAGGCCCCAACGAAGAUGUUGCAAAAAGCAAGGAACUUGUUUAUAGAGAAGAAGAAGAUGAAGAAGCAGAAAACGUUUUUGAAGCAUAUUCAUAAAACAAAAUACACUGUUGUGUGCUAGACGCCAUGUCUAGCAACCCCAAAUAUUCUUAUUCUUAAUUCUUUUACCAAUGUAUAUAUGUUAUGGGUCACCAUGCGAAUGCUAUGGUUUCACAGGUGUUUGCUAAGGUGUUACUAAGUGGUUGCUGUGGUACCCUAUGCAGAUUUGUGUGUCAUCUUUUUAGGUUUGAAAGGUGCCAAAACGUUUGCAUGCCAUACUUUAAUAUAAAAAAAAAAAUCAGCAAAAUCUGUUGCUACAUGGAAACAGUGUAAAAUCAAAAAGUUUAGAAUCUGAUCAUUUGCAUUUGGAGGGGAAUCCAUAUUUUUACAAGCUGUUAAUUGAAGGGUGUUGGUAGUUAUAUGGUGAACAUUUAACAGAAAAAAUAACAAUCGUAAUAACAGGAAGUAUAUCUAUUGGUAAAUAAUAUAGCUGUGAUUUGCUUUGCAGAAUGCAACCAUUGUUAAAACAUUGCUGAUAUAGCCAUAUUGAUUGCCAGGUUUUAUCCAAUUUUCUGUUUAGUUGUAAGAAGUUAUAAUAUGGUUUAAAGAAUUAAAAGUGCAGAUAUCUGUGGGUGUACAGAUUCAUUGUUUCUAGCAGAUGACAUGGCUCCCCAAACCAUCACUGAUCAUCAGUAUUUUUUGCAUUUAAUUUGGAAAUCAAAGGGCCAGGGUCUGGAGGAUAAGUGGUUGAGGUCUAGUGUGAAGUUUGGAGAGUCAUGUCAUCUGCUGGGAUUGAUCUAUUGUUUACUUUCUUCUUGCUGUAGUGUAGAGAAUACAAAAUAUAUUGCCAUUACUAUAUUAUUUUUAUUUUGUUUUAUUAAUUUGUUUCUAAGUGAUGAUAUAUGUUUCAGAUUUCAUGUGGUAAAAUUAUGUGCAGUAAAAUGCAGUGCAGUGAAUUAAUUGUAUAACUGAAUGAAAUAUAUAACUAAUUAAUAAAAAGCAAUUUCAGUCCAAAAACAAUUCUAACAUUUCUUUUUGGGUAGGACACUAUGGGGUAUCCUCCGCUCAAAUUCAGUUCUGGGAUGUGACCACCUGAUCCUAUAUUUUUUGAAGAAUUAAAACUAUUUGGUUUUGAACUACUAUUUUAAAACCUAAUAAAUAUGUUCCCAAGGGUCCUGAAAAAGUUAUAAAUUUACUGUAAAUCUGCUGUAGGUAUUACAUUUUCAGACAGUGCAGUGGGAAAACACAUUGGCCCACCGUAAACCGAACUAAGGUUAACGGAGGGCUAGCUAACUUCAGCGGUGAGUCAGCCAACAUACUAACUUGAGCAAUGAGUUAGCUAAUGUUACCUGACAGAAAACUAAGGUUAGUGGAGAGCUAGCUAUCGUUACCUGACAAAACUAAGGUUAGUGGAGAGCUAGCUAACGUUACCUGAGAGAAAACUAAGGUUAGCAGAGAGCUAGCUAACGUUACCUGACAAAACUAAGGUUAGUGGAGAGCUAGCUAAUGUUACCUGACAGAAAACUAAGGUUAGCAGAGAGCUAGCUAAUGUUACCUGACAGAAAACUAAGGUUAGCAGAGAGCUAGCUAAUGUUACCUGACAGAAAACUAAGGUUAGCAGAGAGCUAGCUAAUGUUACCUGACAGAAAACUAAGGUUAGCAGAGAGCUAGCUAACGUUACCUGACAAAACUAAGGUUAGUGGAGAUCUAGCUACCGUUACCUGAGAGAAAACUAAGGUUAGCAGAGAGCUAGCUAACGUUACCUGACCAAACUAAAUUUAGCGGAGAGCUAGCUAACGUUACCUGAGAGAAAACUAAGGUUAGCGGAGAGCUAGCUAACAUUAGCAGUGAGCUAGCCAACAUACUAACUUUAGCACUAAGUUAGAUAACGUUACCCGAGAGAGAACUAAGGUUGGCGAAGAGCUAGCUAAGAUUACAGAGGAGAGAACUUAUCUACACGCUUUAUUAGUUUGUUUUUGUGGAUUUUAUAAGGCACCACUUUUGUUGGUGGGGAAAAAAAGGGAAUUUGGUCAAUUUACUUCACUGAUUUCAGUCUGAUUUUCAGGUAAAAUAUAAUAUUGUCUGUACAUAAUUUCAUACAACAGAACAAUGUCAAAUGUUUCAGCACAGCAUGUAUAAUUAUUUAGAAUUUUGUAAAGCUUUUAAACAAUAAUUUAAAGUUUAAAACAUUUUAAACGUGGUCUGGCUGUUUCUUCAGCAUCAGCUCACCAACCAGUCAGCCCACAAUAACAGUAUUGCAGAGUGUCUCUGUUGUACAAAUAUUGUUUUCAGUAAAAAAAGGGAAAUAUGUAGUAAAGUUUUCUUUGCUUUAUAGCGACAUGUCUGAACUUACUUAAUAAAAUGAAGGAAAAUACCGGACAAGUAGGUAAUUACUAUUUUUUAUUUGUGUUUUUAUCCAUUUGGCUCCAUUCUCCUCCAUUGAUUGAGCUCUGACUCGCGGGCUCCCUCUAGCGGUCUGCAGGUAUUUUCUGGUAUAAUGGAGGAGACAGGCAGUGGGCAGUCUCUCCAUAAAGCAGCUCUGUUAGAAGCUCCGGUCUUCCACAGCUAAAGGAACAGGAUGAGCUGAUCUACAGAAGGCGAACAAGAACCCCAGGAUCCUCUCCCUUCCUGAAGCUGGAUCCGUACCACAAUAAGAAGCUGCCCCGGUUCUCUUUGCCUCUCUUUUGCCCGGCUGAUUCUCACUGUAUGAGGAUUACAAGAAAUGAAGAUGAUCCCAGUCUUCUGCUCCUAGUGUUGACUUUCCUGUCUGGCUGAGGUUUAUAAAAAACAACAACCAUUAAGAUAUUUCACAAAGAUCAGUAUUAAGCUACCAGACAUGUUAAGCAUAACACAUACAGAAGAAUCUCCAGACCUGAUGUUAAUGAAUCCAAGUCCAGGAAAAGGGAAAAUUCACUACUGUUCAGACUGUGGGAAGAGUUUUACUAGACAGUGUUUUCUGACAACACACCAGCGCAUUCACACAGGAGAGAAACCGCAUACGUGUUCAGACUGUGGGGCGAGUUUUACUAUACAGGGUAAUCUCAUGAGACAUCAGCGUAUUCACACCGGUGAGAAACCAUAUCAGUGCUCAUACUGUGAGAAGAGUUUUACCACACAGGGUCAUCUUAAAAGACACCAGCGCAUUCACACAGGCGAAAAGCCGCAUCUCUGCUUAGACUGCGGGAGGCGUUUUACUACACAGAGUGAUCUCAAAAAACACCAACGCGUUCACACAGGAGAGAAACCGUAUUACUGUUCAGACUGCGGAAAGAGUUUUGCUCAACAGAGUAAUUUUAAAAAACACGAACUCAUUCACACUGGACAGAAAAGGCAUCACUGCUCAGAGUGUGGGAAGGAUUUUUUUCAGCGGGGUAAUCUAAAACAACACCAGCUCAUUCACCUGAGAGAGAAACCGUACGUCUGCUCAGAAUGUGGAAAGGGUUACACUACAAAAGGUGGUCUUACACGUCAUUUGCGCAUUCACACAGGAGAGAAACUAUUUAGAUGCUUAGAGUGUGGAAAGAGUUUUAUUCAAGUUAGUCUUCUCCAGCUACACCUUCGCAUUCACACUGGAGAGAAACCAUUUCACUGCUCAGAGUGUGGGAAGAAUUUUACUCGAUUGAGUAAACUGCAGCUACACCAGCGCAUUCACUCUGGGGAGAAACCGUAUCACUGCUCAGUUUGUGGGAAGAGUUUCAGUCGACCAGAUUAUCUCCAGCUACACCAGCGCAUUCACUCUGGAGAGAAAGCGUUUCACUGCUCAGUUUGUGGGAAGAGUUUCAGUCGACCAGAUUAUCUCCAGCUACACCAGCGCAUUCACACAGGGGACAAACCUUAUUACUGCUCAGCCUGUGGGAAAAAUUUUGCUCGACUAUGUACUCUCAAAAUACACCAGAGCAUUCACACAGGAGAGAAACCAUAUUACUGCUCAGAGUGUGGUAAGAGUUUUAAUCGAAUGAGAAAACUCCAAGUACACCAGCGUGUUCACACUAGAAAGAAACCACAUUCCUGCUCAAACUGUGGAAAGAACUUUAGGCAUUCACGUUUAUUCAAGAAACACAAGUGUACUGCCACAGCAGUAGACAGUAACACUCCUUCAACCAGUUCAGGCCUCAAUGCAGAUGUUACAAAAAGCAUAAAACAUAAAACAAAAUACACUGUUGUGUGCUAGACGCCAUGUCUGGCCAAAUGACCAAAAAAUGUAUAGUGAAGGGGCGACUGGAAACAACUCCAAAUAUUCUUAUUCUUAAUUAUUUUACCAAAGAAUAUUUAUAAUAUGUUGAGGGUCACAGUGUGACAAGGUGAUUGCUAUGGUUUUGCAAGUGUUUGCUUAGGUGUUACAAAGUGGUUUCUGUGGUACCCUAUGCAGAUUUGUGCAUCAGCAGAUGAUAAUUUGCAGUUGGUGGGCAGUCCAUUUUUUGACAAGCUGUUAAAUAAAGGGUGUUGGUAACUAUACGGUGAAUAUUCAACAGAAAAAAAUAACCAUUGUAAUCAUACAAAGGAUAUUAAUUGGUAAGUCAUAUAGUAGUGAUUUGCUUCGCAGAAUGCAAUUAUUGUUAGACAAUACUGACAUAGAAGGGUUAUAUCCCCAUUUUUGUAGGAAGUUCUGAUUAAAGAAUUAUCAUUGAA